GCCCCGUCCUGCAAGAUGGUGCAGAUGAUGAGGCAGUUUCUGUACCGGGUUCUGCCUGAGGACUCCUACAAGGCGGCCACCGGGAAGCUCCACGUGAGCCUCACCCGACUGGAAGACGGAGAGAGCGUGGUGGUUUCAGAGUUCAGGUCAAAGGAGGAGCUCAUCGAGGCACUGUACUGCAGCUGUUUCGUCCCUGUCUAUUGUGGUAUCAUCCCCCCAACCUACCGUGGCGUGCGGUACAUCGACGGGGGCUUCACGGGCAUGCAGCCCUGCUCCUUCUGGACCGACUGCAUCACCAUCUCCACCUUCAGCGGCCAGCAAGACAUCUGCCCCCGCGACUGCCCGGCCAUCUUCAACGACUUCCGCAUGUUCAACUUCUCCUUCCAGUUCUCCUUGGAGAACAUCGCCAGGAUGACCCACGCGCUCUUCCCUCCGGACCUGGUGAUCCUGCACAAUUACUACUACCGAGGGUAUGAAGAUGCUGUUUCAUACUUGAGGCGGCUGAAUGCAGUGUACCUUGAUUCUCCUUCCAAGAGAGUGAUUUUUCCUCGGGUCGAAGUGUACUGCCAGAUAGAACUCGCCCUGGGCAAUGCGCGCCCUGAAUGCAGUCCGCAAAGCCCGCCGGCUGAGCAGUCCAGUCUGGAGGACUCGGAACAGCAGCACGCACAGUGCUCUUCCAAAGGGGCAGGAGAGAGUGACCACGCUCUACCCGAGCCCCCACCUGUGCCGGCACCUGAACAUACCUGUGAGCGGAUCCCACCUGUGGAAUCAUCUGGCUCCUCACCUGUACCAUCACAGGCUGCAUCACCACCCCCGUCUCCCACUGCCUUGCCACCUGCAUCCGUCCCAGCUGUGCACCCACCACCCAGCCCAACACCUGGACAGCAGCCGACUAGACCCUCACCCAGAUCCCCCUCUUCGAAGUCAUCCCUAUCAUCCAGGCCCUCCUUGGGGUGUUCAGUUCUGGGGAAAUCUCAAGCAUCGCCCUCACGUUCUCCUUCAUCACAUGAAGAGCCGCCUGUGGAGGAACUGGGCUCCGAACCGCCCCAGGCUGUAGCCCCGCUGGCCUCUUCAGACCCAAGGAGCUCUGUGCAGCUGGCUAACGGGAAGGAAGCUUCCAGCAAGCCUCCCGCCACGGAGAGCACUGCUGAAGACCCCCCCAGGGUGGACAAGGCCUUCAAGAAGAGCAAACCAAAGACCCCUGGCUCCAGAAAAGGAUUCCCAAGAAAUCCACGCUCCAAAAAAACAGGCAACAAAUCACAGUGA